UCAUUAACCACAGAUAUAAUACAGGUGAUGCAGGCCUCUUCCGUUUAGUUUUUCAAACAAGCAUCUGACAACAACGUAGAAAGUUCACGAGCAUAAAUCCAAAAUGCCACGGCGGCAUUUAUUGAGUACAUGCAGUCUUGUGAUAUUAAUCUAUUUGACAGGGUUGAUAAGCAGCGCUGAGAUCAACAGAUACGGCGGACAAGCAUCCGCAGGUGUAGGCCGCGAGCGAUACGCGUUCUAUGCCCUGCGCAGCUGCCAUCAAGUCCUCCGCGAUGACGGCGGAGAGUUCUUCUCCCCUGAUUACCUGUGCUCACACCCCCCCGUGUGGUGCAACUGGACCAUCCAGGUGCCUCCUGGGAAGCGUCUGGAGCUCUACCUGGAGGACUUUACUCCCUCGGAUGCCUGUCAGCAGAAGAGCGAUCAGAUCCACCUGGAUGAGUCUCCGGCGCCUGCAGGAGGGCAGAAGAUCCUGGAGAGGUGCUGGAGAAAGGCCAGGUACACCUCCGUGUCCAACACGGUUCAGGUGGUGCUGCUCAUCGACGGGAACCGGCACGUCCCCUACAGGGGCUUCUAUGGACGCUUUAAAGCUUUCAGAUCCCUGGAUUCUCCUGAUUCCAUGUAUGAAGACAUUCCUGUAGAAGUGGUAGAAGCAGAAUUAGGAGACGAUGAAGAUGAAACGGAUGCAAUUACAGAUUCUCCACCAGCUGUGAGAGACGUCACAGCAGAUACAUCAGGAGUGAGCACACAAACCCCUUCUGCUGGACUGACCAGCUCUGUGAAGUUUGCAUCUUCAGUGUCCAAUGAAAAGAGCUCCAGGGAUUCAUCUCCUCUCAUUCUAGCGCCUGGUUACAACAGUAACGAUGUGGUUGAUGGUGAUGCAUACUACGAUGAUCAUUUCUUUGCAGCGUCACAAGAAGCAGCUGGUCGGUGGGCCGCUGAGACCCAGCACAAACAACCCAAAAGUGGAGCGGCUCAAAUACGGCCCAGAUAUCAAGCGGCUUACGCAGGCGUCUCAGACAUGACCCUCAGUGCACAGACGCGCAUGCCGCUGGUCAAACCCGCCGCCCGCUCGCCGUCUGCCAUGCGCAGGAAUGUGGACGCGCAGGCGCACUCCUCUGGUCAAAUCGAGCCGGUCAGAGCCAGAAUAACGCCUGAUGCUGGAGAAGUGAGGUGGGUAAAGGUGGGACAGCGGGGCGACGAAGGCGUUUCCAUUGAGAUGACAGCAACCAAGAGCAGCGUCACACUACCUGUAAUACAACCCAAACUACAACGCAAAUCAAAAGAGAAAGCUCUCUACCGGCAAACCUUACGAAAUGUCACCCACAACAGGCAUUUUCCUGCGGAGCUCUUGUUCGAGGUGAGUGUCGAGAUCAAUCUGGAGCCUGAACAUCGUGAAGAAUCCUCUUCACUCAGAUCUGCUCUAGAGACCAUGAUACGAGAAGUAUUUGGACAUCUCACUCCAAAGAGCCUGGACUUCAAAAGACUAAAAAAGUUGAGUUCUGGCGUGUUGUUCAUCGUGUGGCUGCAGUUUGAGAAGCUGGCUGUAGGGCAGCAGACGCACAGGGAUCUUCAGUCCAGUCUGCAGCGGCUUCAGGGCAGAACCGUCAAAUCCCAAACCUCCGAAACACAGGGCGUCAUUGCAUCCAUCUCUACUGAAGACAUCAAUGAGUGUGAGACACAAAUGGUGGUGUGUGACGCUCACGCUGAGUGUGUGAAUCAGUUUGGAUCGUACUCCUGUCACUGUAUCCAUGGUUACCGUGAGGUUCCUCAUGGGCCGGGAGCCAGCGUUUGUGUGGCGUCUGCUGAACCUGACUGUAGUUGGACAUCAUCUCCCAGAAUCCUCAGGGGUGUUUACGCCGGCAUCAGCCUGAUCACGUUGCUCAUCGUGCUGUUGCUGUUGGUGGCGUUUCUUCUGUAUCAUCGAUACUAUAGGGGCUCGUUCCUUCCUCGCUGCCAGAAAACAAGCGCUAGCAGUGUCGUGGAAACCGCUGCCAGUGAUGAUGACAACAAUAACACAGGAAAUGAUGGUAGCGGUGAUGCGAACCCCUCCAUAUUCCCCCCACCACCUCCAUCCAUGAGGAUGGGCAAAGACGGCCACCGCUCUCUGGACCUGCCGUUAUUACGCUUCAGCUCUCUGGUGCCUCCUGAUGGAUUUAGAAGUAAAACGCCUGCAGAGAAACAACAGUUUUGACUGUUUCACUGUGUUACUCUUGUCUGAGAGUACGGUCACUAAAUGCACUGCACCUCACCGAGUGUGAGACUGGUCUUAUCUGUAUUAGUGAGUUUAUUUAUUUCCCUGCUUUGAAUGUUUCUUUUCUGUUAUUUUAUGAUUUAUGGAGUA